UCCCUAGAUUUACGGUGAAGUAUGGAGGCAAGCCGUGAGGAGGUCUAUUGUGCUUGCGGUGAAUCUCAGCUGUGCCUCAACUAAGCCUUCUUUAUUUAUUAAUCGUGUAUCCCCGGAUUUUCCACUAACCAACUAGCUGCGUAAUCAUCAACAUUGGCCUGCAAUAAUCAUCGUCCAUCGUUGGUUAUUCAUCGAGAGGUCUCUAACAUUUCCUAGAAAUAAUUCAGCAGAGCUCAUCAAAUUCCACGCUGAGAAAGGAGAUUUGGCAUCAGUGGAAAAAUACAUCCACGCACAACUGAAAUAGACAAGACCAAAAACACUUUUUACGACUCGAUACUCCAUCGUAUGCACCACAAAAUUGCCUGCUACGUUGUAAAACACUGGGCGUAGCCCAAUUAUUUAAUUAAUCGUAUCAGUAAUGGAGUUACGCAGUUUCAUGGAACACAGUGCAGCAUUGACGAUCAAUUAUUCUACGUGACCAAUUUUCGAUAACAAUCCGCCUUCACUUCGUGUCACAGGGCUUCUAUCACUCAUUGCGACACACUCACGUACUUUGGCGAAAAAUCAGCGCAGGUAAUUCUUCGCGGUUUUCAUAACAUGUUGUGAAAGCGCCCACCAAGACAAUAAAUUUUCUACAAAAUGGAGGAGCCAAUACCCCUCGAGGAGGUCCCGGAGACGAAGGAGCCCGUAAAAUUGGAGCCAACAGCGAGUGCAAGUCCAGGAGAAAGAGGUGGAGCAAACUCUCCAACGCCAGAAUGCAGCAUAUGCCUGGGUCACUUGGUGAAUACCUCCUUCACCGACAGUUGCCUGCACCAGUUCUGCUUCACUUGCCUCCUGCAGUGGUCCAAGAUAAAGACCGAGUGCCCUCUCUGCAAGCAGACCUUCAAAUCAAUAAUCCAUAAUGUUCGAUCAGAGGAGGAUUACGAUCAGUAUCACGUGCCAAGGGAGAUGGUGGGCCCUCCCCAGGUGUCACCACUGGUGGACAUCAACCUCGAGCUCAUCAACUUGGAUUACGACUUCAUCAGGCACGUACAGGAUCCAGUCACCAGGAGAUUCGCCUACAGGACCACUAUGACCCCCAGCAGGAGGUUCAGAUUUCUGCCAAUUCCGGGCCAGGGAGUGCCAACAGUGUCACGAGAGGAGCUGAGAUACAGACGUCGCAAUCCCUCAGACUACAGGAGGAAUGUCUACAGGCAUGGGGAAUGGUCAGCCCCUCUCCACGGACAAUACACUGGAGCCCUUGAACGCAGCGCUGAAUUUUUCAGGUCGAAUCCCUACGAGCUCAACCGACUGAUUCCCUGGAUCAAUCGAGAUCUCCAGAUUCUGCUCAAUGGAAAUGAGCCCCACAUUGCCUAUGUCCUCAGGACAAUCAUGGAUUCUCUUACGAGACACGACCUGAGGAGUGCUGAGCUGAGGGACGUGCUCAGACCACACUUUGGAAUCCAUACUGAUCAUUUUCUUCAUGAGCUGAUGAACUAUGCCAGGACGGGGUACGAGAUGGCGGCGUAUGACAAUUAUAUCACGUAUCCCACGCAUGGGCUACCCAGUGGGUACAUGAAUAGUGUGCAAUCUCCUGCCCAGAGCAGCAGCAGCAGCAGCAGUUCGUCGAGCGAUGACUCUGAUGUGAGGGUCGUUGAUAAUGUGGACGUUGGGCCUGUGGAGAUGCCUGGGGUUGGACCUCAUCCCAUUGAUAUGCCAGGGCCAAGUACAGUCAGCCAAGUCUUUCAGCUGCGCAUUCCGACAGUUUCCCCCACGAUCUUCACAAUCUCCUCAAACUCCGAGGAAUCCGACUGCGAGGUUGUGGGAUACAUAAAGCCCCGCCACGAGAGAACCCCCGAGAUAAUCGAGAUCCCCUCCUCUGACGGUGAAGUAGCUGGUCCCAGUACUUCUGCCGCCGUGGAUCCCAGCCCUCGCUCUCCCUCGCCGCCCCCAGCCUCCCUGGAGGAGCCAAGCACUUCGCAGGAGCCAAGCCGAAGGAACCCUCGUGGAGCCCGUCGAAAAGCUUCGAUGCCCCUAGCCCCCAUGGACUGUACUUCCAGCGACUCCUCCUCAGAGGACAAGAGCGAAAACUGGGGGAAGAAGGUGCGCAAGACCAAGCGCACCAGGAAGACGUCAAAGACCUGCAAGAAGAGCCCUCGAAAGCAGUCCCAGAGGCGAGACUGUUUAACCCCCAGGAAACGAAGCAGAAAGACCUCCAGCUCUAACGACGAAGAUGACCACCAAGACUCCAAGAAGCGAAAAACCAAGCGUCCCCAGAAAUUUAGAUCUCGAGCUGCCUCACACUCCAGCUCAGAGGACGACGAGGAAGCCCCCCAGACUCGCAAGAAAGCCCUCGUAAUUAAAAUUCGAAAGGACCUGAUGAAUCAGAACCAGAGCCAAGACGACAGACACAAUGAGGACUUGUCCUCCAGCAGCGAAUGCUCGUCAACUUCAUCAAGCUCCUGUGACAGUGACUCCAGCUCCAAUAGUUCAGACACAAAGUUACCCCUGAAGAAACGAAAAUGUGUGAGGGGUCGCAGGAGAGCUGAUAAUUCCACUGAUAAGGGCAGAAGGUCGAAGGGAAAGAUCAAGUCGACUGUUGUCAAGUGUGCGCCAGUUGACUCGACCAUUCUCAGGAAGGAUGCCAACAAGAAGGAGUGGUAUGUCGAUAAGAAGGUGUCGAGGAGUUCGAGCAGAUCGAGUGAUGAGGAGAAACCAGACACCAGGUAUCGUAUUUCCAUCAAUGAGUACAGGGAGAGGAAGGGGGUGGAGGUGUUCUCUUCAACUGAAUCACCAGGUGACGAUGAGAGACGCUCCAAUAGCCAAUGUAGCUCGAGGUCUGAGAGAACGCAGGAUAAGUACAGGAGCAGGCACAAGGGCAAACGCAAGGAGAGGGAGAGGGAUGUGGAGGAGCCAAGCACAUCUGUGGAGAAACAUUCCGUCGAGGGGAGGUGCAUAAAGAAGCGUAGGAAGACGCACAAAAAAUACAAAAGUUCAAAGGGCAAACAUUCUAAAGGGAAGAAACGUGAUAAGAGACAUUGGGGGUCAUCAGAUUCCUACAGCUCGUCAGAUUAAAUGUUUGGAUUAAUGUCUCCCUCUUGCUUCCGAGUGGAAGCGUUUUUCGUUCUGUUCCAUCUGCAAAUUGUAUUUGAAUAAAUGCAUUUUUUUACUUAUGAGUAUGGUAUUGUAAUGGGAGAUUCGAGUUUCUUGGUGGAAAUCUUUUUUUCGAAUCGACGGGAUUUCGUUGAUGUAAUUAAUGAGAGACUAGUUUGUGGAUUAAAUAUAUUUGUGAAUGGUG